AUGGCCGGCCCCGCGCCCCGCACCGUCCUCGUCACCGGCUGCUCCUCCGGCAUCGGCCUGGCCGUGGCCGUGCGGCUGGCGCAGGACCCCCAGCGCCGCUUCCAGGUCAUCGCCACCAUGCGGGACCUGCGGAAGAAGGAGAAGCUGGAGGAGGCGGCGGGGCCGGCGCUGGGCAAGACGCUGAGCAUCCAGCGCCUCGACGUCUGCAGCGACACCUCGGUGGCCGAGUGCCUGAGCAGCAUCCCCGGGGGACGGGUGGACGUGCUGGUGAACAACGCCGGCGUGGGGCACGUGGGCCCCGUGGAGAGCAUCAGCGUGGAGGAGAUGAAGCGCGUCUUCGAGACCAACUUCUUCGGGGCGGUGAGGAUGGUCAAGGCCGUCCUGCCCGAUAUGAAGCGGCGCCGGAGCGGCCACAUCGUGGUGGUCAGCAGCGUCAUGGGGCUGCAGGGGAUCGUCUUCAACGACGUCUACGCCGCCUCCAAGUUCGCCGUGGAGGGGUUUUGCGAGAGCUUGGCCGUGCAGCUGCUGCAGUUCAACGUCUUCGUCUCCAUGGUGGAGCCGGGCCCCGUCAACACGGACUUCGAGCUGAAGCUGAUGGAGGAGGUGUCGCGAUCCGAGUUCCCCGGCGCCGACGAGGCCACGGUGCGCUACUUCAAGGACGUCUACCUGCCGGCCUCGCACGAGAUCUUCACCACGCUGGGGCAGAGCCCGGCGGCCGUGGCCAAGGCCAUCGCGAGCGUCAUCGGGGCGCAGCGCCCGGCGUUCCGCACGCAGACCAACGGCCUCUACACGCCGCUGGUGGCCCUCAAGUACGCCGACCCCUCGGGGGACCUGUCGGUGCGCACCUACCACCGCCUCCUCUUCCACUACGGGACCCUCUUCCACCUCAGCAUGGCGGCGCUGCGGUGCCUCACCUGCGGCUGCUUCCGUCGCAGGAUCGCCCCGCUCUGA